ACGCAAUGGAACUUCUUCCUCUGGGACAGAGCAACUCCGUGCAAGUGUUAUGGGAGGAUCAGCAGAACAUCAACCGUUUUAGUUCGCUCAUCAACGAGAAGGAUGAGUUGAAGGAGUCGUUGGAAAAAUUGAAAACGGAAAAGGACUACUUGGAUGAUUUAUCGUUGGAGAUGGAGUUGUUGGAUGAGGACGAAAACAUCCAAUAUAAAAUUGGCGAUGUGUUUGUGUUUCUAAAAAUCAUUCAGGCAGUCGAGAGAGUUGAUGCCGAUAACGAGGUAUUAACCGGAAAGAUCGAGCUGCUAGAGACGAAGAUCGAAGAGUUAGAUAGUCAGUUGGUUGCGUUGAAGUCGGUAUUGUACGCCAAAUUUGGGAAGAAUAUCAAUUUAGAGCGAUAGAUCAUGUAAAUAUGAAUGCACGUUGACGAAGGGCCUGGAAGUAGAACAGCAACUUUGAUUAUAAGACACCAGAGGUAUAGAGUAGAUUUCAUUUGUGUAAGUAAGACAGUGGGUUGGCAUAAGAGAUAAGCACUACAAUUCUUCUUUUGCCCUAUCUUCUAGUCCUUUAGCUUAAUAUUAAGUUUGAAGAUAGUCAAAUCACCAAGAU